AUGGUCGAAUCGGACUUGGAAUCAUACGUGCCAUCAGCUGCAGCAGAUGUCCCUUCAGUAUCCCUCCGAUCGAGUAGCGAUAAAAUCCGUAUCCGCCUCAAGGGCCCUCGGCGACCCGAAGGAACCACAGAUGAUAUUCCUUCCACCGAGGGGAAAACAUUCUGCCAUCAGUGCCGGAAUACGACUAAUCGUCCCAAGAUGCGAUGUUCGAACAACGUUCGUGGCGGGGCGUGUGGAAAACGGUUUUGUCAACGGUGUAUUGAGAGACGAUACCCCGACAUCACAUUUGACCGGUUUAGCGGCGGUUUCCUCUGUCCAUACUGCACGAACACAUGCAACUGUUCGACGUGUUCGCGGAAGAGAGGAGAGGAUUUCGUUUCGAUGUCUAACUCAAUCACCGGCCCCCGCAUUCAGCCAACCGUCACCGUCGUACGACGUAGUGCACCAGCCACACCGGCAGGCGGGGAUGCGAGCGCCACUGCAGUGUCAGGGCCUUCUACACAAUCUGCACCGAAUUUCUGGGCACAUGUGUAUGGUUUAGAAGGGGAGCAUCUUGGGUUCGCCUACCGGAAAGAAACGUCCCAUGGACGCGGAUCAUCGAAGAAACGACCUCCAAGGGUCUUCAUAGGACGUGCCCUCGAGUCCUGGAAGGUUCGUUCCGUGCGGAAUCUCGAAUCUAUGCCAGACAAGGUUACCACUUUCAUCGAAAAUUCGGAGAAGCAUGGCAAGGGAAAAGGCAAGGCUACUGACCCUUCGCUACGUUUAUUCAUCGGAAACCGUGCUGCUCUUCACGAACCAUUUGAACCGAUCUUUUCUGCACCAUCAUCCGCAUCGUCACUGUUAACGUCACCCGAUCUUGGCUGUGAAGACAGGCUAUUACAGGUGCCUGAGAUGGAAGGAUAUUGGCCUCAGCCCGACGUCGGUGAGUCAUGCGUUUGGCAACCGCCGCCUCUUCUCGGGCUGGAACGCGGUCUCUCACUCCCUUUGUCGGAUGAACAAGUAGCAAGAGCCAUCCAGGUCGCGCUUGCCGCUCUUUCAGUGAUCUUUGCAAAAGCAGUUAACGCAGAUUUAGCUCGUCUUAAUCCCCUCUUGAUGUAG